AUGCAACUAGAAGAUUGGCUGGAUGACUUGUGCGUCCGUUUCAUCAUCAAUCUUCCCCGCGAAGAACUUGAGUCUGUCGAGCGAAUAUGUUUCCAAGUUGAAGAAGCGCAGUGGUUCUACGAAGACUUCAUACGCCCGCUGGACCCUGCUCUGCCGUCCCUCAAUCUGAAGACUUUCGCCAUGCGCAUUUUCCAGCAUUGUCCGCUUAUGUCGAACUUUUCUCACAAUGAACAUAUCGUCGCUUUCUCCGAGUUUCUUGCAUACAAGACGCGCGUCCCAGUCCGCGGUGCGAUUAUGUUGAACGAGGACAUGGAUGAAGUCGUACUAGUCAAAGGUUGGAAAAAGGGUGCCAACUGGAGUUUCCCUCGAGGAAAAAUCAACAAGGGCGAGAAAGACCUCGACUGUGCAAUCCGUGAGGUUUACGAAGAGACGGGCUUUGACGUGCGGGCUGCCAAUUUGAUCAAGAAUGACGAGGACGUGAAAGACAUUGAGGUCACCAUGCGAGAACAACACAUGCAACUCUUUGUUUUCCGAGGUGUCCCCCGUGAUACCUAUUUUGAACCACGUACUCGAAAGGAGAUCAGCAAAAUCGAGUGGUACAAACUAUCAGACCUGCCUACCAUGCGGAAGAACAAGCAGCAUGAUGACGGGUACGCGGCUGCAAAUGCAAACAAGUUCUACAUGGUGGCUCCUUUCCUCCAUCCCUUGAAGAAGUGGAUUGCCCAGCAAAAGAAGCUGAACCCCAAGACAGAGUCCGCCACCAAGCAGAUCAGUCUUGCCGAGGGAUACACAUCAAUUGACGAAAACGGUUACGCAGACCACACUCCUGGCAUGUCUGCUGCAGAUACCGUUGUACCGAGUGAUCUCCCAGAAGUGGCUUCGGCGCAAAAUGCCUCGGACCACCUGAAGCGCCUUCUGAAGAUAGGUGCUCUGCCAUCGCCAACUCAACAGCCUGUUCCUGGGUCAGCCCAGCAUUCUGCUGACGAUGCAUCGAAGUCUGAUGCCCUCCUCGCUUUGUUAUUGCAAGGUCAAACCGAGCAGGUUGCUCGUCAGGUUUCUCGUGUCGAGGAUAUUCCACCCCCCAAUAAUGGAGUUAAUACAAACCUUCCGCCUUCGGGCAACGCCAUGGGACCAAGCUUCUUCCCCGGAUUCCCCCACCAGCAUCAACAGCAGAACCUUCCGUUCCAGUCCUACCACGGGCUGCCGUACCCCGCAAAUGGGGCGCAGAACCUUCCCGGGCCUGGAUUCUCGAACGUGCAACAAGGGGGUCAUGCUGUUCCAUCCAUGUCACAAUUCCCUCAGCCUCCUCCUGUGUCACGAUACCCAGUACCUCCGGGGCAUAUGCCUGCACCCUUCCAGCGCACAGGUGAUCCUGAGUUCUCAGAAUCCGCUUCAGCGUCUCGAGGUCAUGGCCCAGCAGUCCCACCAGCUAGCAAAUUGCCUCCGCCUAAACUCACAACACACUCAUUGGCACUCCUGAACGCAUUCAAAGUCAAGACUCCCAAAGCCUCAGCUCCCGCGACCUUGGCGAGUCCUGCAAUCCAGGGCCACUCUUCUCACGCGCGCAAGACGUCACACCAUCAGGACGGUCUCUUGAACUUGCUCAGAGGACCUCAGAGCAUGGCCACCUCCCAGCCAGCAGAGCUACUAGGAAACCCAGUUGCGCCCCCACCGGCGCCUCCAAGUAAACAAAUUCUCCAGCGCCCGCAAACCCACCACUCGCCGGCACAGUACUCAAAUGCCCCAACUCAGAGCACCAUGGUGCCUGGUCAAGUGCCCGCUACUGUAUCAGUACCUUUAAACACCCCGCAGUUCGAUACAACCACCAAGCCGAAUUCGAGGGCCAACGGAGGCCCAGGCCGCAGAGGCCCAGCAGGCAGGAGAGAAAAGGCUCAAGCGCCCCAAACCUCUGCACCAAUGACCAUAUUGUCGCGACCCCAGUCUGCCAAGCGGGAAGUUGCCCCUGGGCACCUCCCACAGGCGACAUCGAUCCCACCUGCUCAGGUUCCACAGACCCCUGAACCGGUCAAGAAUUUCCAACCCAAAAUUUUGCGUCGGUCUGACAAAACUGAACACGAAGGCUUCAUGGCCGCGGCUCCACAGGGGGUCCCUGAGCGGAAGCCAAGCCUGCCAGAUUCUUGGGCCAACCAGGGCCUGGCUCCGCAGAGCAAUGUUGAUAGACGACCCAGCCAGACAGCUGAGCAGAAAGCUUCGCUUUUGUCCCUUUUCGCCAAAGGAGAUGGACGUGCUUCUCCGUCGACCAUUGCAUCUGUCCCGCUCGACCCGCGAACCGGAUAUCACCAACCAACAGGUCUUGUCAGUCCAAUGUCAUCUCGCCAUCACCCUAGUAGCGGUGGCACUAUUUCUCGACAUGGCACACCAUCUGAUGGAGGUGCUCAAAACCACGCCAAUCAGGUUUCCUCUCCCAGCAACAAGGCGUUUUUGCUUGGGUUCUUGGAAGGUGUCGCCAAGGGAAACAAAUAG